AGAUGACACCAGCCUACAUUCUGCUGCUCUUCUUUCAGUGCUGCUGUGUCUCAGGGCAGCUUGGAAAUAACUUCAGUCAUCUGGCUAACCUGGCAUUGAAGGUUUCUGUCGAUAAAGUCAACAGGCAGUCCAGCAAUUUCAACCUGCACAGGCCAACAAGCAGUGGGAUCACACUGGGACGUGAUAAUACAUAUGAUAUCCUGCUUGGUUUCGGAAGAAAGGAGACAGUCUGUCUGAAAUAUACCAGGAGACCAUACAGGAAUCAUUGCCAUUUCAAACAGGGACGUCUUGCGUCAAAGAAAUUGUGCUCCAGUCUUGUGCGUGUUGGCAGCAUUUCUGUAGCUCCUCUGGGCAUCAGUUGUCUGGCUGAAACAGCUGCGCUUGGGUCCAGCUCAGAGUCCAGCAGUGAAGAGGUCAUUAUCCGGCGGACAGGACGGGUUCCUCUGGGCUCUUUGUCUUCAGGAAUCAUUCUGUGUCGAGGAGAGUUUAACUGUUCGAGAUUACUACUGUGAGUUCAUGAAAUGUGAUUAAAAUAGACAGACAAACAGAUAGACCUCCAACUGAUGUUUCAAAUAAAACAGUAACUUUACAUGGAAUUGUUUUGCUUUAAAAAGAUACAUUUUCAACCAAGAAAAUACUAUAAUCAAAUAAUGAUCUCCUUAUUUCUCUGUACAUUCUGUGGUAAACAAACAAGGAGUGUCUCUUAUAAAAUUAAAUGUGUAAAAUUAAAAGUGUGUGUAGUUAAUUGCUGCAGUAUAGCCUUAAUCUUUUGAGCAAUGUUCAACCCAAGGCACAUUCUUUUACAGUUCCAUCAUAGUUUAAUCAGGCAUAUAAACGUGUGCAACGCAUAUCUGUAGCUAGCUAUAUUUGUAGAUUUUUAAAACAUUAUGCAUGUAUUAUAUAGUGUAUUGUCCAUAAUGGACUAACAUUGUUAUUCAUUGUACAUCAGAGGAUUCAGCAUAAGAAGCUUUUAAUUGUAUGAUGAUAAUAAACCAUCAAAAUAACAAGAACUUGGACAACAUUCUGUGUGAUUUACACAUUUAUAUUGUUCACUUUAAAUGUAACAGACAUUUACUUCCCCAUUUAUUUAACUAAAGGUUCCUGACUUUAAGAAGCAGCAUUAGCUCUGUACUCCUCCCUGUAAAGAGAACUCUAUCUAUUCCUAAAUUUCAUUGCUCAGCCUUUCAAAAUUAAAGUCUUUUGGAGAUGCAAAACCAACAGGUACAUGUUUUCUCAACCUACGCAUUCAAGUUUGUUAGAGGGAUGACAAUGAUAGUAGGCACACAGUGAAUUUUUUGCAUUGUAAGUCAAGUAAACUUGACAUGACACCUUUUAUUUUGUGGCUAUGGUCUUAAAACCCUACAAAGUGCUCAAUCUUAGGCAACCAUACUAUGGAAGCAUGCAUGCUAGAUUAACGUCAGUACAUUGUGGCAUUGCCAUGACAUGAGAAAUAGAUGUUCCAGAUAUGUGACACACUUUAAUACAGCACUGAGUAUAGACAGAGGUCAAAAUAAGGAGAACGACAUCACUUCCUACUGUGUGUGUUUCACUCAUGCAGAGCUAACGCACAUUGAUAAAGUCAGGAACUGCAGCUGUAUGUACAGACAGAUAGCAAUGUAACCAACAUAAACAGACAUCACAUCCCAUCCCAUUCACAGGCCAGCUACACGCCGAGAUGUACUCAAGCGGCAACAGGCUCAUUUUCAUCUUUGUCUAACAUUUGGACAUCUUCAUGAUAAGUAAGGGUCCACAGCAACACAACAUAACAGUUUAUCAAUAACAAUGGUAGCUGUUUUUUUUCUUUCUUGACAUUUUAAGUGGAAGUUUCUAAACCAUUUAAAUUAAAUGUGGAAAGUGUGGUAGAAUACUUCAUUUAGAAUGUAUGCUACACAAGUGCAGUUCCCACAUUGGGAUUUGCACAUCUAAUGACAAGCAAGGGCGGCACUAUUACCAGGCCCUCGACCGUUCUUCUGAGAGUGGAUCAACCAAAUCACUCAGACGAAAUGCGCACACACACAAGCAUCGGUUCAACAACCCUGAUUUUCUAUUCACGUUUAACGUUUACAGUCAAGGGUUUCAAAACUAAACUUUAAAAUAAGAAUAUAUUUCAGGUAUUAAAUAAUUUCAUAUAAAAAAGUACAAGUUCCCUCCCACCCCAUUGUUCCACAUAUAUUUUAUCAUACAUAUACAUUAUCCCUUUGCUCCUCACAGCAGUGUCCAUGCAGUACCUAUAAUAACAAUGUCAGUCUCUUUUUCUCCGUUUUUUGUAUAUCUGCUACACUUAAUAGCAAAGCGG